GCGGGGCCACUUACGUCAUUCGGGCGCGCGCUGAGGGCGACGCUAUGGUUGCCGGAAGUUGAGUGGCGGCACCAAUUAAGAGCAGCAGCUAUGGGGGAUCCUGGACUCUUCAAAUUGCAGUUUGCCCCCUUCAGCAGUGCCUUAGAUGUUGGCUUUUGGCAUGAGUUGACCCAGAAGAAGUUGAAUGAAUAUCGACUAGAUGAAGCCCCCAAGGACAUUAAGGGUUAUUAUUACAAUGGUGAUUCUGCGGGACUGCCAGCUCGCUUAACAUUGGAAUUCAGUGCUUUCGACAUGAAUGCUCCCACACCUGCACACUGCUGCCCUGCUGUAGGGACACUGUACAACACCAACACACUGGAGUCUUUCAAGACUGCGGAUAAGAAGCUCCUUCUGGAACAAGCAGCCAAUGAGAUCUGGGAAUCCAUAAAGUCAGGUGCUGCUCUUGAAAAUCCUGUAUUCCUCAACAAGUUCCUCCUCUUGACAUUUGCAGAUUUAAAGAAGUACCACUUCUACUAUUGGUUUUGCUAUCCUGCCCUCUGUCUUCCAGAGAGUAUUCCUCUUAUUCAGGCGCCAGUAGGUUUGGAUCAAAGGUUUUCAUCAAAACAGAUUCAAGCCCUUGAGCGGGCAUAUGAUGAUCUUUGUCAAACAGAAGGUGUCACAGCCCUACCAUACUUCCUAAUCAAGUAUGAUGACAACAUGGUGCGAGUUUCCUUGCUUAAGCACUACAGUGAUUUCUUCCAAGGUCAAAGGAUAAAGAUAACAGUUGGUGUAUAUGAUCCCUGUAACUUAGCCCAGUACCCCGGAUGGCCUUUGAGGAAUUUUUUGGUCCUAGCAGCACACAGAUGGAGUAGCAGUUUCCAGUCUGUUGAAGUCCUUUGCUUCCGUGACCGCACCAUGCAGGGGGCGAGAGACAUUGCCCACAGCAUCAUCUUUGAAGUGAAGCUUCCAGAAAUGGCAUUUAGCCCAGAUUGUCCUAAAGCAGUCGGAUGGGAAAAGAACCAGAAAGGAGGCAUGGGACCAAGGAUGGUGAACCUUAGUGAAUGUAUGGAUCCCAAAAGGUUAGCUGAGUCUUCUGUGGAUCUAAAUCUUAAAUUGAUGUGUUGGAGGUUGGUUCCUACUCUGGACCUGGAGAAGGUUGUAUCUGUCAAAUGUCUGCUGCUUGGAGCCGGUACCUUGGGUUGUAAUGUAGCUAGGACAUUGAUGGGUUGGGGCGUCAGACACGUCACAUUUGUGGACAAUGCCAAGAUCUCCUAUUCCAAUCCUGUGAGGCAGCCUCUCUAUGAAUUCGAAGAUUGCCUAGGUGGAGGUAAACCAAAGGCUUUAGCUGCAGCUGACCGGCUCCAGAAAAUAUUCCCCGGAGUGAAUGCCAGAGGGUUCAACAUGAGCAUCCCCAUGCCGGGUCAUCCAGUGAACUUCUCCAGCAUCACCCUGGAGCAAGCCCGCAAGGAUGUAGAGCAGCUGGAGCAGCUCAUUGAAAGCCAUGAUGUCAUCUUCCUGUUGAUGGACACCAGGGAAAGCCGGUGGCUUCCUGCAGUCAUUGCUGCAAGCAAGAGAAAGCUGGUCAUCAAUGCUGCCUUGGGAUUUGACACAUUUGUUGUCAUGAGACAUGGCCUGAAGAAACCAAAGCAGCAGGGAGCCGGGGACCUGUGUCCCAGUCACUCAGUAGCAUCUGCUGACCUCCUGGGCUCAUCACUUUUUGCCAACAUCCCGGGUUACAAACUUGGCUGUUAUUUUUGCAAUGAUGUGGUGGCCCCAGGAGAUUCAACCAGAGACCGGACCUUGGACCAACAGUGCACAGUGAGUCGUCCAGGACUGGCCAUGAUUGCAGGAGCCCUGGCAGUUGAAUUGAUGGUGUCUGUUUUGCAGCAUCCAGAAGGGGGCUACGCCAUUGCCAGCAGCAGUGAUGAUCGCAUGAAUGAGCCUCCAACCUCUCUUGGGCUUGUACCUCACCAGAUCCGGGGAUUUCUGUCACGGUUUGAUAAUGUCCUUCCUGUCAGCCUGGCGUUUGACAAAUGUACAGCUUGUUCUUCCAAAGUUCUUGAUCAAUAUGAACGAGAAGGAUUUAAUUUCCUAGCAAAGGUGUUUAAUUCUUCACAUUCCUUCUUGGAAGACUUGACUGGUCUCACAUUGCUGCAUCAAGAGACCCAAGCUGCCGAGAUCUGGGACAUGAGCGACGAUGAGACCAUCUGAACCAGCCACGCCUCGUGUGGAGCCUGAUUCUCUCUCUGGCUGAGGCCACACUCAGUCACUGGAGCAGGACUGUCACCCCAGACUGAUUCUGGGCUCCUGUCACCUCCCUGUUCCCUUUCUUCCUGAAGACUGGGGUGCUCCCUUUGCUGCCAGCAUUCUGCAUUCUCAUGGGUCACCAUUUCCCCCAGCUCUGACUUCAAUAAUAACCUUGGCUUUGGCACAGCCAUUGAUCUGGGGCUCUGUUCCCUCCAUGUGAAGUUCUUUUGGGUUUUGUUUUGUUUUGUUUUCCUAAUGUCACAGGAUCCUUCUGCUUUGGCCCUCAGAGGUAAUAGUAAGGACUUAGGAAUCAACUGGUGAAGUGGGAAACCAGCUGUUGCCCUGAGCCACUGUAAGGAGGCAGCAUCCAAGUUCCCAGGGUGCAUUGCAACCCCCACUGUGGUGUUCUGCCUUGGGGGGGGGGUGUCUCCUCCACCUCCUAGUCGAACACCUUACCGGUGAGGAUUGGAACCUUUUUGCUCAGGCUUCCACAAGCUGGGGGAGAGUCCUGGGGCCGAUCUAAAGAAGGCAAUUUGGCUCCCUUUCUCCCCCUCACCUCAAGGGUCCUCUCUGCGGGGUGACUGUCUGUGCAUCUACAGUAAGGUAGGCUGGUUUCCCCCUCCAUUCUGAUUUGCACACUGGUGCAGAGCCAAAGGAACCCCUAACACUUUAUCUGGGUUCAGCUUCUGACUUAGGCCUAGAACCAAAGUCAAAAUGGAGUCCAGGGGUACCUCUUACAGCAGCAGGAUUUCCACAGAGACUUAGAAACAACACUUGACCUAAAGUAGACAGUCAAGAAACUAAAAAUUACCUUUAUUGGGACUUCAGUGGUGCACAGCCACCACACUGUUACCCAGGACUGAAGAGCCACACGUACAGCCUGUGGUUUAAGAGCACUUUAUUAUUGUUCUUAAGGCUACUUUUAAGUACAAAAAAAAAAAAAAAAGAUGGCCUGCCAAACCUUUUUUUUCUUCUUCUUCCAGGAAAAACAGGCCACAGAGAAUGGUAUAUUACAGAUUUACAAACAUGGAGAGAAGGGGCAGAACGCACCGCGGACAGCGCGGCCCUGGGGAGAACCUCGGAGCCCCUUCUCAGGGAGGGUGCUGGGGAAACAUUUGGUUUUCCACUGCUCCCUCUGCCCAAAGCCCCCUCCAGGGAACUGCCUAUCCCAGAUAGGUCAGCGCACCGGGGACCCGGCCACCGGCACUGCCAUCCCUCCCAAGUGACGACCCUGUGCACCGACAGAAGUGUCCGAGGUGGGUUCUCCGCAGAGCCCAUCCGCGGUGCGGUCGUGUUCCUGUUACAAUGCUCAGUAGCCUGUAGCAAUAACAAACUAGUGGCUAUUAACGCAGAUGCAGUGUCCUCAUAGAAUAACUGUGUGCCUGCACUUUACAGACAAAAUCUACAACAAAAAAAGAUCAACUUUUUUUUCCAAACAACAAAAAAAUGAAUGAUUACGAUAGGAAAUGGGGAAAAUUAAAUAGCUACAUAUCAUUAACAAAUUAAUUGUUCUUCAAAAAAUACCUACAAAUUUCUCUGUACAUUCUUUACGCACAGCGUAAUGAUGGUCUUAAAGUUACCUAUAUAAAAAAAGUGUUUCUCAACAAUUUUUCUCCUACAGAAAAUAUAGGGGCCCAAAUGCCAAAGCUUGGAAGCCCAGUAAAGUGGGAGUGAAAUGUGUGCAGAGGCAAGAGGAGAAGGGCUUUUCUUCCACUUUUUAAAGGCCUGCAGCCACCCUGUGACUACAAGAGCCAGUCCCCAGAAUGCAACAGCUAACCUGUAUUGUUCUCCUCCUGGCAGCCAGCCUCAAGGCUCCUGUGUGAAGGAGUCCAUAAAGCCUUGGAUGAGGUGGCCGUGUGCAUGGCGUCCUGAGCCCUCCAGCAGGCCAGGCCAAAUGCAGCACAUUUGAGGGGUAGGGGAGCAGAACAGCUCAUGGACCAGGAAAAGCAGCUGUGGGGUGUCCACAGCCAUGUCUAUCCCGCUUUCUUCUAAUUUCUAGUUAGUAGCCAUUAAUAUAGCAGACGAUAAUAAAUGUGGCAAUAAGUGUAUAAAGUCAGGAAUGUAUACUGCCUGGGCCCCAGCAUGCAAGGAAGCAUCAAAAUACCUUAUCACAGAUUGUCAGCAAUCUGCUGUUCGGCCAAGGGAGGUGGAAGGGAGCAGUCUGCGCAUCCGGGGAGUUGGAAGAUGCUCCCCUGGGAGCUCGUAAAAGCAGACAGGAUGCAGAAAACCAGUGACCGUGUCAGCUCUCGGUGCAAACCCUGGCCCCCGACACGGUGGCCCAGCUGCUCCAGUGAGCCUCCCUCGGGCCUGCCAGCUGUCCCCAGCCCUCCUUGCAAGUAAAGUGAGUAUCAAAUACAAAUCUUAGAGUACAACUGUACCAGCAGUAAGUAUAUCUAGGACUGUAACUGACAAAAAUAAACUAAUUCUGAAAAGAAGCUAGUAAGUAGUAAGGUUUGUGUUUACUGUCUAUACAAUUAAUAGAAACCAGCUAUUUUUUUUUCUCCAUUAAAACAUGCGUCAUGGUUAAAGCACUCUGGAAUCCUCCCACCCCGGCUCGAGCCUCACACACCGCAGUGUUCAGAAAAGGUAAAUGCCCGUGAUCGGUGGAGUCUGCAGUCCCGUUGCAAGCACCUGAAAUCUAGAGAGAAAGACCUAUAACCGCAGUUUGCCCUCAGAGCACUCACGUCUCGCGGAAAGCUGCCAGACAGGCAACUCAGUCCUCCAAAAGUGCAAAUCAGACACGGCAGUUCUCUUCAAGUAUACACGCGCGCACACACGGACCCCCGAAACCCGCCAUGGAAGCUGAGCUGCGCUCGAGAAGCAAAUGGAAGAAAGCAUAAAGCAUCUGGGUCCCCAACGUCGUCAUGGCUUGUGACUGAGAAUGUGCGCCACAGAGUCUGGGCCCCGGCAGGCCUGCAUCAGAGGUUUCUUUGGUAACUGAGGCAGGAAGUAAAGAUGCUACAUGAGACAGAUGUUCCACACGUCGUUCCUGCUGCCACAUUUGAGGCCCCUUAUAGAAGAAUACCAAGCAAGUAUGAAAACAGAAAAGAAAUCCCAACAACAUGGUUUUUGCGAAUAAACCAUCCCUAUCCCUCCCUCCCCACCCCAAUUUUUUUUUUGUUUUGAAGCACUGACUGUUCAAAGCUCAGGCAAACCAUGCAGAUCCACGUGCUGCCGGAGGGUGGCAUUCCUUCAGGAGACCACGGAUGGGGAGUGGCUGUGGCUGACCAUGUGGGCAGAGGGGCUGGCCGGUUGGCCCCUGCGUGAGGCCGACUCGGGGCUGCUGGAUGCACCAUCCUUGGCUGCUUUAAUCUGAAGCCAUGUGUCGCCCAGAGCUUUGGCAAAGUGGUCAUCCACGGAGCCCGUGAUGGACACAGAGUUGGGUGCUGGUUCGGGCUCCUUAUAGUUCUUCCCCAGGCUCCUACGGAAGUGUUCCUCCACCACAGGAUCACAAGUGGUGGCUGUGAGGAAGCAGGAGAACAAUCAGGACAGGUCAUCUGUAGAGCACCAUGGGUCACCAAUAGGGCUCUGGGGCGGGCCCCCCUGCCCUCCCCACUCUGUUGCUGGGCACGAGGACAGGAUGCUGCUCUGUGAUGUGCCUGCACGACAGUGGCCAUGUGGCAGUAAAUGAGGACUCUGACCUCCCCCCGACUAGAGCACGAGGUCACGGAGGGCCAGGAGCAGCACACCGCUGCCUCGAGCUCUGCACGGUGCUGGGUAUGUAUGUGCUCAAGGUGAGGGGUUGUGGCCCGAGACUUGAUCUGUGACUCUCAGAGACCACGGGCAGGGGGAGGAAGUGGGGAACCCCUCCAGGACACUCACCGCUGGGCGGCCUCCGGUAGCUGGCAGGCCCGGACGCAGGGCAGCCACUGUGCGCGAUGGGGCAGUGAGAGAGGUUGCAGUUGCGGGCACCAGCAGAGGCGCAGGUGAUCACCGAGGGCCGGUUCUGCAGGAGGAAAGUGGGGGUCAGCUAUUUACCACGGCCUCCAAGAUGACGGCACAGGUGGGGAGUCCCACCUCAUCCCCACAGGGACCUCAGCAGCACCCUCAGGGCUCUGCAGUUGGCCAGGCUGUCCUUUCUCUGAGUGUCUCUUGGUCACAGAUCAGUGAGGGAUAUGGGACAGAGGUGUUGAGAGCUGGACUGGCCCCCUCCCUCAAAUCUGAAUGGAGACAGACACUGAUGGCAAAAGAAACCCUGGCCAUAUUGGUACAGGGUCUCUUGGAGCUGUCCCCUCCCCGUUGUUUGCCGGAGCUUCUAGUUGAUAUACCCAAGCGGAUUCCUCUGAAGACCACACAAAUCAUGAUACCGCUAGUGGGGGAGACAUGCCAGCGGGAAAGGAUGAGUGGUGUCAUACAGCGGAGUCCCCCGCAGCUCCCACCCUCUUCAGAGAUCAGCUUGAGACACCACCACACCUGAGUCCCUCAAGCUCCAGCAGGACACAGCAUCCGUCUCCUCCCCUCCACCACACUUGCUGCACAACAGGGAUCAGACAGUGCAUCUGUCCCCAAGCUUGGGGCAACAAUAUUCUGUGAACCAACCUGAACUUCAGGUUCCAGCCAGAAAAAAAAUUUCCUAGUGCCCAGAACAAGAUGGAGGAUGGUGGGGGCUGAACACCCAGCCAGCCAAAGGGUAGCUAGCUACACGGGCACCACCAGUGAGAGCCUUAUGCCCCACAUCAGGACCCCAAAGAAAGAGCAAAGGCUCACAUGCCUCGCCUUCCUCCUGUGACAGACAGUGGACAGCAACAGGGUCUGGAGUUAGAAGAUGAAUUGGGAUCACAUUCAAGUGCCUGUGUCUAACAAGAAACUGCACACGCAGGUGGGAGACUUGUGGCCUGGCAGCAGCAUGUGAAAGGAACAUUUGGAAUUCUCUCAACAGUUCAACACGUCAGCAGGCGAACAAGCCACAGUGGGCUGGCCAUGUGGGCCGGAAAUGGGACAGGCCCAAAGCAGAGGGGAGGAGGGCCCUGCCCACUGUCCAGGAUCAGGGCCGCCCUUCCUUCCUGAGCCAGCUGCACCCAUGACUCGGGCCCUUAAGAGACGCCCCCCCUCAUGCUUCACGUGGCUCGAGUUGGUUCCUGAGCAACUGAGGUGUCAGAGAAGCUGCUGAAAGUGGACACUGGGGAAGCCUGGAGUGCACUUCAGUCUGUACAUCAGUGCCAUCAAGAGCUACUGGGUGCUUCUGGACACACUAAGCCCCUGCACUCCUAAAGGUGACUGCAGUUUGCCCCCAUCUCCUCGCCAGCCAAGUGCAAUCUCGACACGGCUCCACACUUGAGCAGCCUCAUGCCGGGUGCUGGGUUCUCAGGAGACCAAAUGGCUCCACCCUGUCCUCCAGAUGGGGGGAUUGAAGGCGCACAAACGAGCAGCAGGGCCAGGGUGCAACUGUCCCUCACGAUCCUUCUUCCCCUGUGACUUAGUCCAGGAGCCAUGGCUGCCUGUCACUGCCUGUGCGGGCCCUUGGUGUGUGAAUGCCUCAUCUCCUCCCGACCCUGCUCCUUUGCUGCAGCCCCAGGGUCACCUCCAUAUCUUCCUUCAACACCUCUAAACCUCCAAAGUGCCAUCACAAAUAAUGACAUAGGUGACACUUUCCAUAGCCUCUCCAGACACGCCUCCGUGGGAACUUUCCAGUUCAACUUCCUGGAGAUGUGAGUCACCUUUUCCACCAUGCAGAGGAGGGCGGCUGGCACAGGCCGGGUUCCCCAUCCAGGGCACAACACACACUUCAGGUGGCAGCCCACCCAGCACUGGUGGGGAACAUAGUGACACUCCCAGGAAUGGCUGGGUACCUUUGAGCUGCUAAGCACAGGGACCAAGGGACUCGCCUCGGUGUACCUGGCAGCAAGCUCUUAAGGGUCAGGGCAGAUGAGGAGUUUGGAGCAUACAGUCCAGGGGCCCAGGAAGGUGCUCCCUGAAGGUACCCAGGUCGAUGUGACGAGCUGACCAGUGGCCCGUGGGGGGGACUUCACCAGCACCGCCCUACGUGAUUGUGCAGGUUGGUGGCAGCCAAGCCAUCUGCACCCUUCCCAGGAGGCAUGGGCUCAGUCUCUCUCCUGGCAGGAAUUCCUGGGAACACAGGUGGGGACUCCAAAGACACUGUGGGUCGACUUUCUAGCUAGGUGCAGUGCGGGCCGCAGGGAGACCCGAGUAAAGUCAGGACCAAACACUGUCCAGUCUCAAACUGUAGCCAAAAGCCAAGCAGAAGGGCGAGUGUAGCCAUCGAAGCAAACACCAAGACGGGCAGGGCCUGCCCGGGACCCAUGUUCCUCAGGCCAGCAAGGGCUAAAGCAGGAGAGGGACCUUGAGGGCUGAAUCCUGCCCCCCUGCUCUGCACUAGGGGACGCUGCAGUGGCCACAGACAAAGGACUCAAUUCUUGGCCUCACAUUCUUACCAGAUCAAACCAGUGGCCAAUCAGUGGUAUACCGCAGGUGGAACUGCUGUAGUUGGGUUCAGCCCUCCUCCUCCUGGGAUUGACUUGACUUGCAAGCCCCCAGAGUGUAGCACAGAGAAGUCAGAAUGCCACACACCGCGUCCCCUGAGGGCUCUGCACCUUGUCCUCCCCGCUGGUGAGUCCACCAUGGACUCAUCUGAACUACUAUCACCCCCUUCUAUCACGUGCUGCCCCAUGAGCCUUUUGUGCCAGCCAGGGGCUUCUGAGCAGCGUGCACUAAUAACCAGUGGCCAUGAACUUCACAGGAGUCCAGCCCCAGCACAGCCCCCACCGGCUUCGCAGAAGAACUAAGGCACUGAGGGCCAAGGAAAAAAGACAUGCCUCAGCCAGACCAGCCUCCACCGUCCAGAGACGGAAACUCAAGGACAUCAGCAUCUCUCCAGGGCCUAUGCAUCCUAAGAGGAGGCCGAGCUGAGGGACAGAGGGUGACAUGGCGAAGAUGCUGCCUCCCUGCGGGCCCUCUGCUUGGGGAUUUGGCCGACAUGCCCAGGACCCGGGCACACCUACCUGCUGCCGCUCCACGGGGGUCAGGGUAGGCGAGAGGCCGGCCGGCCUGGUGGCAUCCACGCUAUUCUUGGUCAGGGCAAGGGGCUGUUCCAUGCUGAGGCUGGGGAUGGAUGUGUAGAGGUGGCUGCCAUGCAGGCUCACGGCGGGGGCCACGGCGCGCUCAAUGGGGCUGCGGCUCCGCUCCCGGGGGUCUUUUCUGCAGUCUCCAUUGGUCGUCUUCCUGAAAAAGAGCGAGCACUCAGAUGGGGUGGCCUGGCCCUCUCCAAAUGGCAAAGGGAUGCUGAAGGUGAGCUACCUACAUCCCAUGGACUUUUUUUUUAACCUGAGAGCUGGUGACAGAUCUGGCAGGUGAGCUGGCGACCUGCGCUUCAUCCCAAGCCCCCAGCACUAGUGGGGCACAGCCACAAGCCACCCCCUCCCCUGUGCAUCUGCACAGUGAAUUCCACAUGCUCAGAGGUGGACAGCUGGUCUGUGGGUCUCCAAGGACCUGCCAUUUAGGCAGAAUGACAGAUCAAAAGUGACCCAGUGCUCACUAUGGGUCCUGGACCUCCCCAGGCAUCAGCUCAUGCCAUCUUCCCAGCAGCCCUAGUCAGGAGGUGCCACAGCCACCCGCUCCUGACAGAAAGCAGAAGAGUUGAGUGACUGGCCCAGGUCACUGGCUAGGAAGUGGUGGCAUCUGCAUUCGCUCAGCCCAGCGUGGAGAAUGGAAGCCUCCAGCAGGAGCCAUCGGCUUGGGCAAGUGCAGUGCUCACCGUGGCCUGGAGCACGUGUAGCACUUAGAAUGCUCCAUGGGCCAUGGCGGGGGGGUGACGGCCCCCGUCCUUCCAUCUCACCCCUGAUAGCCUCUGCAUCUUCUGCCACCACAGAGGCUCUUGGGUUUUUUCUCCCAUAACAAGCAAGUCUUAAAAAUAUGGAAGAUGAUUUCUGAGACUUUUCUUUAGACUAUUCUGGGAGUCUCAUCCUUUGGCCUCCAGAGGACUUGGAUCUAGGAGAGGCUUGUGCCAGCAGAGCCCGAGGAGACGGUGGUGGCCACCUCCAGCACUGGCUGGACAUGAUGCGGUGAACUUGGGGACUCUCUGUACACAGGGGCAGGUCUUUUCUAAAUAACAGAAUAACCUACAGUUCCAAGAAGCGAUCCCAUGGACCCUGUGCCCCUCUCCCUCCAAGGGUGACCUUAUGACCUACCCUAUCUGACAACCCACUUUAUUCAGAUUUUCUGUCUUACCUGUCAUUUUGGGGGAGGGGUGGGGUGCACUCCCGAGGAUUGAACUCUGUCACUCGACCACUGAGCCCCAUCCCCAUUUUGUAUUCUAUUUAGAGACAGGGCUGAAUUGCUGAGGGCCUCACUAAAUUACGGAGGCUGGCUUUGAACUCGAAAUCCUCCUGUCUCAGCCUCCCAAGCCACUGGGGUUACAGGAGUGCGCCACCACGCCUGGCACUCAUUCUAUCACGCGAGUCAGACUGCGUCCAGCCCUACCCUAGGGCUCGGAGCAGCUCCAUUUCCCAUCCUUACUCGGCUCUGCCUGUAGACUUUGUAGUCACAACCACGCACCUGCCACAGCUCCAGGAAGAUGCAGCCACUUUGGGCUUUUGUGUCACCUUCUCCUUCCUCUCCAUACCCCCUGCAUCACCAACAUGGCAGCAGAGUCCCUGAACCCCAUCGCGCCUUCAAGACAGAAGCCCCUCAGCUACCACCACCAGCUCUUCCUUGUGUUGGUCCCCCUACUGCCUGCGCAUGACACACAGACCAUGACCUUUUGUGAGGAAGUGAGACUGUACAAAUGACCUGGCAAGAAAUGGAAGGUAGGGCGUCCACAGCACCCAGAUGGAUUAUGCAUCUCGGUCAGGAAGCUUGUGGAGGGGUGCAGUAGCCUGAGCACCGAUGCGGCCUCAAGGACCCCAGAGCAAGCCUUGGCUCUGCGUAUCUUGCGCCCCACCUCUCCAGGACCCCAGCAUACUCACCCAGGGGGCCAGUUUAGAUAAUAUGUCCCCCACGUGUCCUGGCAGUUUUCAAAGAACUCCAACACUCCCCCUCACACCAAAACAACACCACAACGCGAGCAGCCCUCCCAUGAUGACUGAGUGGACGCUGCUUGUUCAACUCCUUCCUACUUUGUGGCAGUUACAGAAAGUAAAGCCCAGCCCUGCCUUCUAGGAGCUUCCUCACCAGAAGGGACAGAAAGCCCCAGAGGGGCUGCAGCUCAGAAUGGACCCCUCUGACAGUGGAGGAGGGCUGAGGAAGCCCAGGGAUGAAGACUGGCCUCCAGGGACAAGCUCAGACAGCAUCUCGGAAUCCACCAAAGUCGAGGUCACCGGUCCACAGGGCAUCCUCCAUCCCUCUCACAGCCGGAGGCAUUAAUACCUGCAAAGCUCAGCCCCAGGCAUCCAACCCUGAGGGUGAAAAACCACAUCACCAAGGAAAGGGACGCCUACAGCAGGCAAAGCAUUGCUCAAGGUCACCCAGCUAACAGGACAGAGGUGAGGCUGGGACGAUGGCACCUGCGCUCCAGUGCCCAAGGUUGGGGGAGAAGAGGCCCACUCACCUGCCAGCAAAAACGGUCCUCUAGGGUACCACGGAUCCCACACUGGGGAGCACAGAAAGAAAAGGUCCAAGGACGUGGCAGAUAAUUUUAGUAAAAUUAUACAUUACUCACAUUUCCAGCUCAUUUCCCUGGUUCCGGAGCUUAAAGAUAGAUAUUGUUUUCCACAUCCCCCUCCCCCUUCGUGAAUCAUACCCAGACCCCGCCAAGUCCCAGAGUCAUGCGCUCUCUGGACGGGACAGGAUGACAGCCCCAAACCACAUGCAUCCUGCCCAAGAGAUGCAAGUCGCCUCUGUUCGCUAGGGUUAAAGACCAAGAUGGACAACGAAACCUUGCCCGAGGCCUCAUCGGUGCCACCGAGGCUUAGGGUGCCCUGGCCACCACCCGGGGAGGGCAUCUCCUGAUCAACUGUUUUAGGAGAGGGCAGUUUUCAUACUUGCGUCCUAGACGGUUAUAGGAGUAUGGACCGCCCACUCCCCUACCCUCUUGGAGCUCAAAAACCAAACUGCCCACAGCAUCUGGGGAAAAGCAAUAUAGAUGCCAAGUGAAACGGUAAGAAAGCCCCCAGCGGGAAGUGUGCUGCCGGAGCACAAACCCUCAGGAUGGAGGCCUCCGCUGAGUCCCACUGAGGACCAUGGCUAGAACCUGGGUCUGAAUUCUUAUGGCCAAGAAGAGGAUACGGGCAGAAGACAUUUUUAUUCAUGCUUUUGAAGAAAUAUUCUGGGGAUCCUGUGUGCCAUCCUGUCCAGGCUCCCCACAACACAUGUAUCUUCCUAGAGGUGACAGAGGGGUCCUUCCUGACACCAGGGGUCGACCACAGGCCUCUGGGCCAAAACCACCACACGGUGGGUGUGGACAGAGACAAAGUAGGGAGCCUUGGGCAUGGGGGGGGGGUCGGGCCCAGCCAGAGCCCUCUCCUCCUCUCCCUCACUACCUGUAUCUGUCCUCUGGCAGCCUCAAGGACACAGUUCAACACUGAUAGUUCUUUCUCCUGGGUGCUGGGGGUGAACCCGAGUCUGGCGAGUGUGAGGCAAGCUCUCCACCAGGAUCCUGCCCCUGAGGGCAAAAAAGCAAAGGCUUCCUUAACCUUAUAAAGUUUCCUCAGCAAAUGAAA